AUGUCUUCGGCGUCACGACCCAGCCUGUCAUUACCGAACGCGAGGCCUUAUCCGUUCGACUUUCCUCUGGCGACCACGGCGCUUGUCAUUAUCGACAUCCAGCGUGACUUUGUCGACCCGGGCGGCUUCGGCUCCGUUCAAUGCGGCAAUGAUGAAAUCUUCUCCAAAGCUCGGUCUAUCGUGCCGGCCGUCCAAAGAGUUCUCGAGAUUUUCAGAUCAACUCGUGGGCAUGUGAUCCACACGCGCGAGGGUCACCAACCUGAUCUCGCCGAUUUGCCGGCUGCCAAGAAGCUGCGUCAGAUCAACAACCCCAACGGGCAUCACUUCAUGGGCAUCGGCGAUCAGGGGCCCAUGGGGCGUCUUUUAGUGAGAGGAGAGUAUGGCCACGACAUCAUUGACGAGUUGCAGCCCUGGCCCACAGAGGUGGUCAUCGACAAGCCGGGCAAGGGCAGCUUUUGGGGAACGGACAUCCACCGUGUGUUGCUGGCGCGAGGCAUCACCCAUCUCUUGUUCGCAGGCGUGACAACCGAGUGCUGUGUGACGACAACGCUGCGCGAGUGCAACGACCGUGGGUACCAAUGCUGUGUCCUCGAAGACUGCACGCAAGGCUUCGACGCUCAGCAGGUGACGACGUCCCUCGAUACCAUCUGCGCCCAGGAUGGCCUCUUUGGCUUUGUUGGCAAUAGCGCAGACUUUUUGACAGCGACCAAGGAUGUCUCUACUGCUCCGGUAUCGCAACUCGGUGUAUCAGGUCCCUUUCCUUCGAUCGACGACCUUCAGGCACUCUAUAAAGAUGGUCAAACAACACCCACAGACGUGGUCAACGCCGCGUUCGAUCGCAUCGAGGCUUAUCAAAACGAAGAUCCAGCCGUCUGGACGUCCCUCGCAAAGAGGGCAGACGUCCUCGUCGCUGCGAAAGCACUCGCAGAGAAGUACAAGGAAAAGCCUUUGCCGCCUCUCUUCGGUGUUCCUUUUGGCGUCAAGGACAGCAUAGACGUUGAAGGCAUCGAGACUACGGCCGCAUGUCCGUCGUACGCCUACGUUCCUAAGGCCACCGCCACCUGUGUGCAGCACAUCCUCGAUGCUGGAGGUAUAUACGUUGGAAAGACGAACCUCGAUCAGCUCGCAACUGGUCUUUCAGGCUGUCGCUCGCCGUACGGCGUUCCGCACAGUAUCUUCAGCAAAGACCUCAUCGCAGGUGGAUCUUCCUCAGGCGGAUGCGUUGCAGUGGCAGCUCGCCUCGUUCCCUUUACGGUUGCGACUGAUACGGCAGGCAGCGGUCGCGUCCCGGCCGCCUUCAACGGAGUCGUCGGAUUCAAGCCGACCAAGGGCACCAUCUCCGCCCGUGGCCUCAUCCCGGCUUGUAAGACUCUCGACAGCAUCGCCAUAGUGGCAACCUCAGUCGCUGACGCGCGCGCCGUAUGGCGUGUCAUCGCUAAGCACGACAAGGCGGAUCCAUACUCAAAGCUGCCUCACACGCUGCCUACGUGGAAGACGGAUUUCCGAGGUCUCAAAGACGGUGGCUUUGAUUUCGCCGUGCCCCCACCCGCCGCUCUCGAGGCCUGCACGCCCGAAUAUCGCCGCCUGUUCGCCGAGGCCGUGAAAAAGUUGCAAUCUGCGGGAGGGCGUUUGCGGAACACAGACUGGGAAGCUUUCGAGCGGGCGGGCGAGCUGCUUUAUGAGGGGGCGCUGCUGCAUGAGCGCAUCACAUGCAUCGGCAGAGAAUUCCUGCGGUCGAGCAUCCAAGAUGGGGGCUUGCACCCCGUCAUUCAAAAGCUUUUUUCUGACGCACUUAACAAGGCUCCAGACGCGUAUGAUGUGUUCCGCGAUCAGGCUACACAGGCUGAGCUAUCACGCAGGACGCACAUGGCGUUUGACACGCUUUCUGGCGGGGUGGAUGUGCUCGUUGUGCCGACUACGGUGUGCCACCCGACAUUUGAGGAGAUUGCUGCAGAUCCGAUCCGAUUGAAUGCAAGGUUGGGAACGUUCACGCAUUUUGCGAACAUCGUUGACUUGUGCGGGUUGAGCGUGCCAGCUGGGACAUAUCUUGAUGAAAAAGAGACAGAACUGCCGUUUGGGGUAACGAUAUUAGCAGGCAGCGGAUUUGAUGCAAAGGCACUGGAUGUUGCGAGGGUUCUUGAAGAAGUAAUAAAGGCCAAAUAA